AUGGACAGUUAUUUCAUCAGAUUUUUGUUUGCAAUAUCAGUGUGGUUUUUGCAUUUCCACGUAUCCAUUCUUGGAUUCAUCUCUCAAUCACAGAACUCACACGUGACAUGCAUUGCGAGGGAAAAAAGAGCACUUCUCAACUUCAAACAUAGCCUCCGAGAUUACUAUGGCAUACUGUCUACAUGGAGGAAUGAUGAGAAUGAUGGAGAUUGCUGCAAAUGGAAAGGCGUAGAAUGCGACAACGAAACAGGUCUUAUAUACAUGCUUCAGUUGCAACAUUUGAGCGGUGUAUUUAACCUCACUUCAUUGAUUGAAUUGCAAAACAUUCAACAUUUGGAUGUAACCUUAUGUGAAUUCAGUGACAGUCAGAUACCAGAAAACAUGGGCUCCUUCAAACACUUGAGAUAUCUCAAUCUAUCAUUUUCAUGGUUUGCCGCGACUAUUCCUUAUUCUCUGGGAAAUCUCCCAAAGUUGGAGUAUCUUGAUCUAAGAAACAGCUAUGGUAUCAGUGGAGAAAUCCCCUCUCAACUAGGGAAACUUAUAAGUUUACGAUAUCUAGAUCUAAGUUACAAUGAUUUCCGUGGAGAAAUUCCUGGUCAACUUAGAAAUCUCACCCAAUUGAGGUAUCUUGAUCUUUGGAAGAUUGGACUUUCUGGAGCAAUACCGUUCCGGGUUGGGAAUCUUCCUUUCUUGCAAACUCUUAGACUUGGAGGUCAUUUUGAUCUAUCAAUUAAGGAUGCAAAAUGGCUAUCUUCUCUCACUUCAUUAGAUACUCUUGGCCUAGAUUUAUUGCCUCUUAGCUCCUCUCAUCACUGGCUAAAAUCGAUUCGAGAGCUUGUUCCUAACUUAAGAGAGUUGAGGUUAGUUUCUUGUAGUCUUUCAGAUCAUAAUAUUUCAUCUUUGUUUCAUUUUCAUUCCAACCUUUCUACCUCUCUUUCCUUCCUCGAUCUCUCUGAUAAUAUGCUGCCAUCAUCAACAUUUUCAUUGUUGUUCAACCAUAAUAGUAUUGUCUUUCCACCUCCUCAAGGAAAUUUAAUCUUCUGCCCUAAACUACAAGAACUUUAUCUAGCAAAUUGCCGCCUUACUGAUGAAAGUUUUCUUGUGCCAUUCGCUUCAACAAGUAAUUUUUCAUCUUCUCUUGUCACUCUUGAUCUCUCCGGUAACUUCUUUCAAUCAUCGACUAUAUUUCACUGGGUUUUGAACUUUACCCCCAAUCUUCAUAGGCUUAACCUUAAUAACAACUUUAUGGAAGGUCUUUUUCCAAAUAGAUUUGGAAACGUAAUGAACUCUCUUGAAGUUCUUAGCCUAUUCUAUAACAGACUGCAUGGUGAGAUCCCAGCUUCUCUAGGGCAUAUAUGUACGUUGCGCGAUUUAGACCUUAGGGGUAACAAUUUUAGUGGGAAACUUUCCAGUUUUAUUCAAAAUUCUUCAUCGUGCAACAGACAUGUAUUUCAGAGUCUACAAUUAUCUGAUAAUCGGAUUACUGGCAUGCUACCUAAUCUUUCAAGCUUUACAUCUUUGAGCUUGUUAGAUCUUUCCAAUAAUCAUUUAUACGGAGAAAUACCGAAAUCCAUUGGAUUGCUACAGGAGUUGGAGUCCCUCUACCUACAGGAGAAUAACUUAGCCGGUGAUAUCACUGAAUUGCAUCUAACGAAUUUGUNAAAAUUGAAGGUGUUAGACUUGACAGACAACUCAUUGUCUCUAAAGUCUUCUGAUACUUGGAUUCCACCUUUUCAAUUAUUUAUAUUGGGACUAGGUUCUUGCAAACUGGGUCCUAGUUUCCCGAGUUGGCUCCAAAAUCAAAAUCGCUUAGAGUUUNUGGACAUUUCUGAUGCUGAGAUUGAUGACUUUGUGCCAGAAUGGUUUUGGAAUAAGCUACAGUAUAUAAGUGAGUUGAACAUGUCUCACAACCGUCUUAAAGGAACUAUUCCAGACAUACCAAUCAAGCUUACUAAUCAUGGUGGAGCAUUUAUAUUUCUAAGUUUAAAUCAACUUGAAGGUGAAAUUCCAUCUUUUUUAUCACAAGCUUCCAUGUUGGAUCUAUCCGGCAAUAAGAUUUCAGAUCUAGGCAUGUUCUUCUGCAGAAAAAGCACAACCACAUCAAUGUAUACUCUAGAUUUAUCAAAUAAUCAAAUAAAGGGACAGCUGCCCAAUUGUUGGGAACAUCUAAAAGGUUCAUUACAAUUUCUCGAUCUCAAAAAUAAUAAAUUGUCAGGAAAGAUUCCACAAUCUAUGGGUACUCUUGUUAAUUUGCAAUAUCUGAUCCUACGAAACAACAAUUUAACUGGAGAACUACCGUUCACAUUGAAAAGCUGCACUAAAUUAACUGUAUUAGACGUAGGUGAAAAUUUGUUGUCUGGUGCAAUACCUUCAUGGAUUGGAGAAAAUCUGCAACAAUUGAACAUUUUGAACUUACGAUUAAAUAACUUUUCUGGAAGUGUUCCAGAACAGAUCUGCUAUUUGAGGCAAAUUUGUCUCUUGGAUCUUUCAAUGAACCACUUGUCAAAAGGAAUUCCAACGUGUUUGAGAAAUUUGACUACAAUGAUGGAAAGGGGGGUUGCAUUUGGAGCAGAAAACUUCCGCAGAAUGUCAUCUAAAUUUUUUGCCAAUGGAAUGGAAGAAACUAACGUGUUACUUAUGUGGAAAGGUCAGGUUCGUGAAUUUUGGAACGCUGAGUAUCUUCUGAGGAGUGUUGAUAUCUCAAGUAAUGAAUUGACAGGGGAAAUACCAAAAGAGUUAGGGUAUUUACUUGGAUUAGUUUCUUUGAAUUUAUCAAGAAACAAUUUGAGCAGAGAAAUCCCUCGCGAGAUUGGAAAUUUAGAUUCGCUAGAAUUUCUUGACUUAUCAAGAAAUGAUUUAUCUGGCAGAAUUCCCUCUACACUUGCCAAUAUUGAUCGUCUUACCGUCUUAGACUUAUCAAACAACAAUCUGAGUGGAAGAAUUCCUUUGGGAAGGCAGUUGCAAACCUUUGAAGCCUCUAGCUUUGAAGGAAAUAUUGGUCUUUGUGGUCAACAACUUAACAGAAGUUGUCCCGAAGAUAAGAAAGCAAAAGAGCCUGAAGGAGAAGCCGCUGACAGUGAAAAUGACAAUUCAGAUAUCCAUGGAGGAUUAUAUAUGAGCUUGGGACUGGGGUUCUUCACAGGCUUUUGGGGUUUACUAGCACCAAUUCUACUUUGGAGACCAUGGAGAUUUGCUUACAUCACAUUCUUGAACAGACUGGUGGAAUAUAUACUUCUAAUGGUUGAACUGAACGUUGCAAAGUGCCAUUGGUGGCUCGAAGGCUAA